AUGGAAUUCAACGGAGCAUGCUUGAUGGCAAUUUUAGUAGUAUUCAGUAGUGUUGGCGUAAUCUACGCAUCGGAUCCUGAUAUUCUCACUGACUUCACCGUUCCGGCGGGGCAGAACCCGCUAAAAUUGACUGGGGAUUUCUUCACUUUCACGGGAUUCCGAAAUGUGAGCAACAACAAUUUAGCAGGACAGAAGGCGGUAAAAGUGUCAAAGGCGGUGGCGGCAGAGUUUCCGGCGUUGAACGGGCUAGGCGUGUCAAUGGCGGUUCUGCAGUUCCCGGCGGGCGGACUGAACCCUCCUCACACUCACCCCCGCGCUUCAGAACUUCUGUUUCUUGUGGAAGGAUGCCUCCUCGUUGGUGUGAUCGACACCACGGGAAAGCUGUUCACGCAGAGCCUCACUAAAGGGGAGGUAUUUGUAUUUCCCAAAGGACUCUUCCAUUACCAACUGAAUACGGAUAACAAGGUCGAGGCCAUGGCUGUUUCUGCCUUCGGAAGCGCCAAUGCAGGCACCGUUUCGCUCCCUUCUACUCUCUUUACAACCGGUAUCCCCGAUAACGUUCUGGCCAAAUCAUUCAAGACAGACACACACACCAUCGAGCUGCUCAAAGCUGCGCUUAAAAAUCCCUGA